AGCGGAGCCAUCGGCGGGCGCGGGGGAGCCCGAACCGUGACGGCGACUAGCGGCCUGGGCCGGCCGGGGGGAGCAUCGGGCCACUAGAGAAGGGAGGGCGUGAUUCCGAGCCUUCGUGGGCAGCGGGGCGGCUGCGCCUUGUUCUUCCCCACACCACCCCCCCGCGCCUCGCCGUUAUCGCCCUCCCGUUGCCGGGGGUGGCUCGGGGCCGCUGAAGGCGAGCGGAGAGGCCGCUCGGCCACCUGGACGCGGCCCGUCGCCGCAGGGACCCGCCGCGCCCCCGAGACGACAGCGGCUCCGGGGGCCCGCGGCUCCCCCCCGGCCGAAGCCCCUGGUCCCCGCCGGAGAGGCGGCUCGGCUCCCUCGGAGGCGUGUGGGGUGGGAGGGGGUGGGGGCUUUUUUUUUUUUUUUUCUUUUUUCCGGCGGCUUUCCCUUUUUUCUCUGAUUUUUUUUUUCAUUUUUUUUUUUCCUGCCCCUCCUGGCCUCCGCCGUGAGGAGUGAGGUGGGCUCGGGCUGCCCUGUCGCGGGAGAGGGUCUAUGGUGGUAGCACGGGGGUGGUGAGGGCUGAGCAGGGGUCUCGCCGCCGCGCCCGCCGCCGCUGAGGAGGAGGAGGAGGAGGAGAGGGAGGAGGAAGAGGCGAGGCACGGCACCAUUUGCUGCUCCCUGCCCCGGCCAUGGAGAACGCGCACACAAAGACUGUGGAGGAAGUUUUGGCUUAUUUCGGCGUCAACGAGAGCACCGGGCUCAGCCUCGAGCAAGUCAAGAAGCUGAAGGAGAAAUGGGGCUCCAACGAGUUGCCAGCUGAGGAAGGAAAAACCUUACUCGAGCUUGUGAUCGAGCAAUUUGAAGACUUACUAGUUAGAAUUUUGUUGCUGGCUGCUUGCAUAUCUUUUGUCCUGGCCUGGUUUGAAGAAGGUGAAGAAACAAUCACAGCCUUCGUAGAGCCUUUUGUAAUCUUACUUAUUUUAGUAGCCAAUGCCAUUGUGGGAGUGUGGCAGGAAAGAAAUGCUGAAAAUGCUAUUGAAGCUCUUAAGGAGUAUGAACCAGAAAUGGGCAAAGUGUACCGACAGGACCGGAAAAGUGUGCAGAGGAUUAAAGCCAGAGACAUUGUCCCAGGGGAUAUUGUGGAAGUGGCAGUUGGAGACAAGGUUCCUGCUGAUAUAAGAAUUACUUCCAUCAAGUCUACAACUCUAAGGGUAGACCAGUCAAUUCUCACAGGUGAAUCUGUGUCUGUUAUUAAGCACACUGACCCUGUGCCUGAUCCUCGUGCUGUGAACCAAGACAAGAAGAACAUGCUCUUUUCUGGUACAAACAUCGCUGCUGGCAAGGCCAUGGGAGUGGUUAUUGCGACAGGAGUGAACACCGAAAUUGGGAAAAUCCGUGAUGAGAUGGUGGCUACUGAGCAGGAGAGAACCCCCCUGCAGCAGAAGCUGGAUGAGUUUGGGGAGCAGCUGUCCAAAGUCAUCUCCCUCAUCUGCAUCGCCGUGUGGAUAAUAAACAUCGGCCACUUCAACGACCCCGUGCACGGCGGCUCUUGGAUCCGAGGGGCCAUCUAUUACUUCAAAAUCGCCGUCGCUCUUGCCGUGGCUGCUAUUCCCGAGGGUCUCCCUGCUGUCAUCACCACCUGCCUGGCCCUGGGAACUCGCAGGAUGGCCAAGAAGAAUGCCAUUGUCAGGAGUCUGCCUUCUGUGGAAACCUUGGGCUGCACCUCCGUCAUUUGUUCUGACAAGACUGGUACUCUGACCACGAACCAGAUGUCAGUGUGCAGGAUGUUUAUCCUGGACAGAGUGGAAGGAGACAGCUGUUCCCUGAACGAAUUUACUGUCACUGGUUCAACAUAUGCUCCCAUGGGAGAAGUGCACAAAGAUGACAAACUCAUUAAAUGUAGUCAGUAUGACGGACUUGUGGAACUUGCAACGAUCUGUGCACUCUGCAAUGAUUCCUCUUUGGAUUACAAUGAGGCUAAGGGAGUUUAUGAGAAGGUUGGUGAAGCCACAGAAACAGCGCUUACCUGCCUGGUGGAGAAGAUGAAUGUGUUUGACACAGACCUGAAAGGACUUUCCAGAAUCGAACGUGCCAACGCGUGUAACUCGGUGAUAAAACAACUCAUGAAGAAGGAAUUCACUCUGGAAUUCUCAAGAGACAGAAAGUCCAUGUCUGUCUACUGCACGCCCAACAAACCGAGCCGCACGUCCAUGAGCAAGAUGUUUGUGAAGGGUGCUCCUGAAGGUGUGAUUGACAGGUGUACACAUGUCCGUGUUGGAAAUGCUAAAAUACCAUUAACCCCUGGAAUUAAGCAGAAGAUCAUGUCUGUCAUUAGGGAAUGGGGGACUGGUAGAGAUACAUUGCGUUGCUUGGCUCUGGCAACCCACGACAAUCCUCCCAAGAAAGAGGAGAUGAAUCUGGAGGACUCCUCAAAUUUCAUUAACUAUGAGACCAACUUGACCUUUGUGGGCUGUGUGGGAAUGUUGGAUCCCCCGAGGAUUGAAGUAGCUUCAUCCAUCAAGCUGUGCAGACAGGCUGGCAUCAGGGUCAUCAUGAUCACCGGGGACAACAAGGGCACGGCCGUGGCCAUUUGCCGCCGCAUCGGGAUCUUCGUGGAGGACGAGGACGUUUCCACCAAGGCCUUCACAGGCCGGGAGUUUGAUGAGCUCUCCCUCGCUGCCCAGAGGGACGCCUGUCACCACGCCCGCUGCUUUGCUCGGGUGGAGCCUUCCCACAAAUCCAAGAUCGUGGAGUUCCUUCAGUCUUUCGAUGAGAUCACAGCCAUGACUGGUGAUGGUGUCAAUGAUGCCCCUGCACUGAAGAAGGCAGAAAUUGGAAUUGCUAUGGGUUCUGGCACUGCAGUGGCUAAAACUGCCUCUGAAAUGGUUUUAGCAGAUGACAAUUUCUCCACGAUCGUCGCUGCUGUGGAAGAAGGACGUGCCAUUUAUAACAACAUGAAACAGUUCAUCCGGUACCUGAUCUCCUCCAACGUUGGGGAGGUUGUUUGCAUCUUCUUGACUGCUGCCCUGGGUUUUCCUGAAGCUCUGAUCCCUGUCCAGCUGCUGUGGGUAAACCUUGUGACUGAUGGUCUCCCUGCCACCGCUCUGGGCUUUAACCCUCCCGACCUGGACAUCAUGAACAAGCCCCCCCGCAACCCCAAAGAGCCCCUGAUCAGUGGGUGGCUCUUCUUCCGUUACCUGGCUAUUGGAUGCUAUGUUGGUGCUGCCACAGUGGGUGCUGCUGCUUGGUGGUUUAUUGCUGCUGAUGGUGGUCCAAGAGUUUCCUUUUACCAACUGAGCCAUUUUCUGCAGUGCAAAGAGGACAAUCCGGAUUUCUUCGGGGUGGACUGCGUGGUUUUCGAGUCCCCGUAUCCGAUGACAAUGGCUCUGUCUGUGCUCGUCACCAUAGAGAUGUGCAAUGCUCUCAACAGCCUGUCAGAAAACCAGUCCCUGAUGAGGAUGCCCCCGUGGGAGAACAUCUGGCUGGUGGGAGCCAUUUGCUUGUCCAUGUCCCUCCACUUCCUUAUCCUUUAUGUGGAACCACUGCCAAUUAUCUUCCAGAUCACGCCGUUGAAUGUGACUCAGUGGCUGAUGGUGUUGAAAAUCUCCCUCCCUGUCAUUCUGCUGGAUGAAACACUUAAAUAUGUGGCCCGUAACUACCUGGAACCUGGUAAAGAUAGUGUGAGGCCUGCCACCAAACCCUGUGCUCUGUCAGCAUGCACCGAAGGAGUUUCCUGGCCGUUUGUGUUCAUUACUAUGCCCUUGGUUAUCUGGCUUUACAGCACAGACACUAACUUUAGUGAUAUGUUCUGGUCUUGACUGACACGGUGACGAGUUUUACAUUCAAAGGAGAAAAAAAAAAAAAAAAGAGUUUAACUUAAUUUUUUUAUUGUUUAGAGCAACUGUCUAUUUCUGCUGAAUUUUCACAUGAACAUAUUUGCCGGUGAUGGAGGUUUCAUAAUCUAGAUUUUUUGGUUGUUUUUUUUUUUCUUUUUUCUUUUUCUGACUUCAGUGGGGGCAAUAUAUUCCUCUUUUAUACACAGUUAAAGUGUCCAUUGACAUGUACAGAGAACUAACACUAUUUUAUGCAAAUAUUUUUUUGUAGAUGAAAAGCAUGUACAGUGUUCUGUUCAAUAGUCUUAUUCAUCAUGUAAAAAAAAAAAAAAAAAAAAAAAGAGAAGUAAAUUUGUUUUGAGCCAGCGGACACUAUCAGACUAAAUUGGCAGCAGAUUUUAGGGAAUGAAUGUGUGUUGUCUAAAACUAAAAAAGCAUGUAACUGUUUGUCUUCUGCAUGAUCAUCCAAACUUAAUUUGUCAUGAAGUCAGGUUUGAUUCACGAGCAGAACUUUCUGCACUGGGUAGAGGGUCCUGCUCCCUCCGUCAGGAUUCCUUCUCGGUUCCCCUCUUCCCUCACUCUUGGUUCUUGACUGGCCUUGUUUACACCAGUUUCUGUAUGAGGUAAUGCCUAAUCUUGCUCGUGCAGAAAAUGCCAUUCCAGGUGCAGCCUGCUGGGGUUCUUCCAUACUCUCGACACACAUAGGGUUGUUUGUUUUUUUGUUUUUUUGUUUUUUUUAAGAUUAUUUAUUUUGUCUAUUGUAUUUUAUUGUAACAAGACCUUAUUUUGCCAGUGUUGCCCGUUUUGCAGGGACAGGGAGGGCUACUUCUGUCUCCUUUAAAGCCUUUUUAACAAACACAAUCUCUAUGAAUUCAAAAGAGGGUUUAACUUGGGGUUUAAUACUUUAUUUACACAUCAGAGCCUUUCUUUUUCUUUCUCUUUUUUUUGGUUUUUUUGUUUGUUUGUUUCCCCCCUUUAAGAUCAACAUUUGCAAUGAGACCUGGAAAAAUUACUUGCACUGCAUAGGUAGAAAUUAGAUUUCCUACACUUAGGGCACUAAUGCUCAGUUGUAUCCAUGGGGUUACUCUGCUGGCCUGUUGUAAGCCUGACUUGAAGUAACAAGCUCGUGUGUGUUUUUUGUAAAAUCUGUAAAUAGCACAUGACCAAAUUGAACAUAUUGUAUAGAACUAUUUUUAUUUUGAUGUGGCACUAACCACCUUCAUUAUUACGGUAAAUGUUAAAGCAUGUUUUCAAAUUCAGUCCUGUAUCAACAAUGUGUAAGUCAUUAACAGUCCUAACUGUGGUGUUUUUCUCCAAUGCCUUCCAACUUUCAUCGACUAAAGUGAGUAUUUCUCUUCCAUUUCACCCUGCCAGUGGUGACUUGCUGUAAAAUAGCAUUAUGAUGUAUACAUGUUGAAGAAUAAAUAGUAAUUUCCUUCAUUCCCAUGCUGUGUUUUGUCAAACUCUGCUGUGCUACAUUAUUAUCACCACUUUAGACUCUUGUUUUGUGGUCUGAAGCUCAAAUUACCGAUUCCAAAGGCAAAGCACUUGCUUUUGGUUUAGUGUAUUUUAGGGUCUUGUUUUAUAGCACCCGGGAGCCUUUGUGCCCCAAGGUCUUUACAGCUUUUGGUCUUAAGUUACAGAUUUGUCUAAUUUUAUCUCAAACUUAAGACCCUGACAGCUGUGAACGUGAAUGUUUAGUGUCCAAAACUCUCUGGUACUCGUGGUCAGGUACUGGUUUACUCCAAAGCUUUUCCCUGCUCUGAAGUAGGGGCUCCCACUCUCCCCUCAUCCCUGGUACCUGCAGUGCUGCUCCUGGCUAAAGCAGCUCAUUAUUUGUGCAGUGGCCACCUGAGAAGGCAAAAAAACCCCAGUCUCGGCUUAGCAGGGCAGUCUCUGAAACCUGUCCUGGGGUCGUUGCCUGUAGAGCAGCAGGUGCUGUGUUAUCUUGUGCUGGCUCAGUCUGAGGAACCAAAUUCGGGCAGCUUUGAGAUCCCUCCUGGAGGACCGGGACAGUUGCAGGCUGUUCCUGUUGGUGCCAGCUGGAAUCCAGCGAGCACACAUCAUUCUCUUGGUUUAAGCUCUCAAAUAGAGACUCUCCCCUCAGAACACUCAGGCUCCAUCAGAAAUUCCACUGCAUCGCGAGUGCUCUGUUUACAGAGGCUUUGGCUUGUCUGGAGUCGAUGCUGGGGUGGCUCAGAGGAGCUGACCUGAUGAUGUAGUAGGCGUGUUGCUGAACUGUGAGCAUUUGAAAUCCCCCUGAAUGCCCUUUUUUAGCGUGGAAGAGCCAAACUAAGGUUUUGCAUUCCACAAAACCACUGGCCUGCAGUGACCAUUUGCUGUAUCGAUAACAAAAGAGCAGCGUGAGGCGUGACCCUGUGUCUUGAAAUGGAAAAAUAAUAGUUCGUGUGAUUUCAGGAUUCCUUGAGAUCAGAAUAUGUCCCAGUAUGUUACUUGUUGGAAACAGAUGCUAGCAAGUUAGUUCUUGUGUGCUCCCAACAUCAAUAUAUUCCAGGGCAGGAAUGCCACUGAAUCCUUGAGCACUGGUUAUUCUUGAACCUCCAGAGCACCAUGUUGAUGGCCUUUCUAAAGCCACCAUGAGUGAUCCUGCUUCUUGUACAAUCCUGUUCUUGUCUUUUAUGCUAAAUGAUCCCACUAUUCAUCCCCUUUUUCCUUCUCUAAGAAGAUGAAGGGAAAAUGACUGUUGAUAAGUAGAAUUCAGUCUUCAGCACCUGUCUGUGUUGAAAAUGAAUCUUGCUGCUUUUGUCCUGGAUUUCCAUAGACAUCUGAGAGCUUGCUCAUGUCUUGGAGGCACUUGGGAUAGGGCCUUGUGUUCCUCCAGUUUGCCCUAGAAGGCUGGAUGAGUGGUGGGUAAAUGGAGAAGGAUCCAUCCCUACAGGCUCUGGAGCUUACAGGAACAGUCAGCUCGUAAAGGUGCUCCUACAGAGCCCAAGCAAUCUUCAUCUACUCUGGUUUUCUUUUGUUUUCUCCCAGUCUUGUCCAGAUUUCCCUGCAGAAAUGGAACAAUAGAGUUCCCCAUGAUCAGCAGGUGCAGGUCUAGGGCUCGGUGGCAGCUGUGCUGUGCUUUAGGACUUCUGUUUUCCAGGUGCUGUAAAUCCCAGCCUUGUCUGGCCUGGAUCGGCCAAAUAUUAAGACCCACCAUGAGCUUCCUCCUGGGCAGCUCAUCCUGCCUUGGAAUCACAACCUUGUGUUCCUGGAGGGAGUGCUGUGGGUCUGGGCUCCACCCUGGGAGCUGAGCAGGCAGUGGGAGUUGCAGUAGGAGAGGAAAAGGCUGCUCUUCUGAUGGCUCUUCUGCUGCAGAAAGGACAGAACUGCAGUGCAAGGUUUGGACUCACUGCAGGAAAUGUGUUAACUCAAAUGUUUACCUUAGUUGUAUAGAUCCUGUCAUCCUUCAGCCUCAGCCCUUUCAUCUGCAGAAGCCAGGAAGGGAGGACCUUUCAGAACAGGCUGACUUGCAACAUCUUGAAAUUCUCAUUUCAUUUCUUUGGUCCUAAAUAUUUCCUCUUCAGCCUCCCCAGGUUGAAAUAGGGUAACUGGGGGUAGCAAUAGGUAACUCCUAUUUUCCUGUGUUCCUGAGAACACACAAACAGCAGCAGAAAUAGCUCAAACUUCCCCAGGCUUGAUCUCCCACUCCAUUCCUAGAAAUUAACUUCAUAUUUUUUUUUGUUUCUCUUUGCUCUCAUCUCACCAAGCUUUGUCAUCUCUGCUGUUUUCUGGAUUCCUUGGUGCCCUCACACGUCGCUGCUUAUUUUCUAGUGUGAGAGGGAUGUGUAAGACCAGGAUCAAUCGUGUGAUUGAUGCUGCCUUAUGCUGGGAACACCAGGAAGGAUAUUGGCUUGUGCUGGGAACCCAGUGGGGUUUGGAAUGAGAGCAGCUCCUCCUGAAUCCAGGGUUCUGUAGCAAGGAGGAUGCUCAGGCAGCUGCAGCCCAACAUUGGAUAUUUAGACAGGAGCUUUUGUCUUUGCAGUGCCUUGGGCUCCCUCUGCUUUCACGUAACGAAUCCAAAGUGCUGUCCAUGAGCUACACACCGAGCUGCUCCUUCUUGCUGCCAUCCAAGCAAUAAAAAUAGUUCAUACUUGGUUUCCCAAAACGUUGCUGCAAAUAAAUGAGGAUGAAAGAGGCUGCAGAAAAACAUACCCCAGUCUGUCCAAGUGCCCCAGGGCUCGUGUUUGCAGGGAGGCUGGCUGGGAGGUUAAUGGUACGAAAAUGAGAUUUUAAUCUGCUGAUAGAAUGCAGUACAGCAGUUCUGUUCAGAGAACACAGCUCCUGCCCACAGUUCCUGGUAAACAGCCUAAAGAGGGUUCAAUUUGCUGAGAUGAAGGGAGGUAAAACCGAUACAGAGUCGUCUGUCUCUUGCACCUGUCUUGUUUUACUUUUUUGCACUUCUAACCAUUAACUGUUUCCCUAAUCUCUGCUAAUUACAUCCUUAAUUGCAUUAAUAUGCAUUUUCAAAUCUUAGCAGGAGAGCCCAAAUUUUACAGUGUUGAAGCGGUGUUUGGAAGAGCUUCCCUGGAGUUGUAGGGCCCCAGAGCACCCCAGGCUCUCCCAGACACAGGGCUGACCUCGCUCUGUGGUGUGGGGGUGAAGGACAGCGGGAGCUGCAGGGCCUUGUACUCUCCCCUCGGCCUACACGUUAAUCUGUGUAGUGUGAUGACUUCUUCAAAGCUUUCCUACUGCUUCCCAGAACAAGCUGCCUGGAAAAGGGACAUUGUUAGGUCACUUUGGGGACCAAACUUGGAAUAAUGCCUCGAUUGGAGAAAAACACCCUUAAAAUCUUCAGCUCCACCUGUGUAGGGUGAAACUUGAAAGUCAAAAUUCCAGCUCAGCGAGACUUGUCUGGUGCCACUGAUCAGGCAGAGAAAGGCCAAAGUUAAUUAAAUGACUUAAUUAUUUUUCACUGCAGUCCUUGGUAGGAAGUGCUGGCUCUGCUGGUGAUCAAGGGAGCUCUGCUCAGAGGAGCUGAGCUUCAAUCCAGAGGGUCUGGGCUUUAAGGACAAAGUAACCUGAGAGUGUCCCUUCAGCGACAGAGCAGCCAGUUACCAAACUUAACAUUCUUUCUUCUGUCACUGUUGAUCUUAGUCUUGCUUGUAUAAUGAUAACUGAGCAUUCAUCCUUUCAUUAACUGAUGCCUUUUCUUUCUUUCCUUUUCAGCAAUACUGGAGUAAUCGCUUCCUAAACAAUUUUGCAGAAAUGUAAGGUUGUUUUGUUGCGUGCAUGUGUUUUUAGCAACACAUCUACCAAAACUUCUGCAUGUAUCGUGUAAAGAUUCUUUGCUUUCCCUAAAAACAAAAACCUCAUUGUGUUCUCUGUGGAAGAAAUGUGUGGUACCAUUAGGACUCCAUGAUACAGAUGUACAAACGUGCAAUGUAGAUUUUCUCGAGGCGGAACUCUCUCCAGAGAAGGUUGGUUUCUGUGCUGCAUGGAGAAGAGUUGGGUUUUCCUUGAACCAGAAUCACGGAGCUGUCAGCCAAUCUCCCAUGUUUCCUGUAUGUAAAAUGCCGGUUUAUAUACAAUGUACAAUAUCAGAUAAUGCAUGCCUUGGGUUUGUAGAUGGAUCUCUCUGUAUUGUAUCAUCCAAACAUCCGACUCCAACAGCUUCUGUACAAUGCUCUCCUAUUUAUAAAUCCAUGGAAACGAUUACAGAUGAAUGUUAAACCGUUAAGCCUCCACUUCAUAACUUUGGAUUUUUUUUAUCAUCUGUGCAAAUCAACCUCUUUUGCACUGUAAUGUAACUUAUUUAAAUCUAAGGCAGUAAGACAGAUGUUGGUGCAAUACAAAAUAUCGUGAUGCAUUUAUCUAAAAAAGCAACGACGACGUAGCCAGUUCCCACAGCUGCAUGUGUGACCUUUAGAAGUUGUAAAUAAGAUCAAUUGUCUAUUGACAUGCUGACAGUAAAAGGAGCAUCACACCUUUAGUUUCAUUUGUAUCAGGUAAAUAAAUUUAUUCUCCAAUACAUACUCGGCGUGGUAUUUGAUGCACUUUGUUUCCUGCAGGUCCGUGCUCUUAUUUUAAAUGCCAGGAUGCCACUUUUUAGCACCACCACAAUCUUCCCUCCUAGAACUAUGCAGAUGCAGCUGCUCCUCGGCAGUAUUGACCUCCUCGCUGGUGUGAUUUCCUCUGUCCAGGGGCUUGUGUGUGUGUUUAAGGGACACUGUCAAGUACUUUGAUCACUCAGUUUUUUUAAAAUGCUCCAUUGUUUGUAAAAUCCCUCUGAGAAACGUAAAAUAAACAAUUCUUUCCCAACUA